GUGCGUAUGUCCACUGAUCACUGCUACAAGCGCUGAAAUUGCUGCACACAGGCAAUCACAAAGUCCUAAAGACAGUGCAUGGCGGCCCAGCACCGCGUGUCGGCGCCGCCAUGGCCGUGGACCGAAGCAACGCCUGUUUCUAUCUCUGGGGAGGCAGGGGCGGCAAGGACAUGUCGGCGAUUGCGACGCGUUCAUCGGCAGACGAAGACGCAGACGCAGUGGACGACCUCUGGCGCUUUGACACGAAAAAAGAGUCGUGGGAGAAGACGGUCUCCAAGGGUGCAUUCCCUGAAGGCCGCUCUUUCCACACGAUGGCCAUGCUCGAGAAUCACCUAUACGUGCAUGCAGGUUGCACUGCUGCAGGCCGACUGGCUUCGCUGGAAUCGCUCGACUGCAAAUCGGCCGCUUGGAGCGCGCAGCCGCCCGCGCCCGGGCCUGCCCGCGGCGGCACAGUCCUCACCGCGAUCCCCUCGCACCGCGACGACGGUCGGCUGGUCCUCGCAAGAUGGGGCGGCUUCUGUGGAAACGAGCUGGGCGGCCCUCUCGACAUCUUCGAUCCUGUCCAGGGCGAAUGGACGUCGCACAGUGCCUCCGUCGAGGGCGGAGAAGCGGAUCCCCGGAAGCGCUCUGUCCACGGCUUCGUCCCCAUCACACCGCCUCUGAGGCUUGGCCAUGAUGGAGCGGGCAAGUUUCUUUCCGACUACUACAUCCUCUUGCAGUCAGAGCAGGGCUACCGCUGGCGUCCAUUGAAUGACGUCGCACGAUCCGCUCUUCCGAGGCAAACUCUUCCGGAAGCUCGCGGAUGGUUUGCCUUCGACUGCCAGGCGCUGGAUGACGGUCGGAGCGGAGUCCGUGUUGUCCUUCACGGGGGUCUCAACGAGCAAAACGAGCGGCUCAGCGAUGCAUGGGUCCUGGAGAUCGAAAGCGCAGCCGCUUAGUAGGAGUGAUCAACUAGGCGCUUUGCAGGUCUGCCCUCAAAGUCGAGAAAAGCUCAUCAAUGAGGUGGUCCAGCUUGGGAUCUUGCUCGGAGGACAUUCUGU